CGACACUACUCGAGUAGGCACAGGACUGGCGCUAACACAGCUACACCAAGCAAGAAGUACACACGCCUGGAGAGAGGCUCCCGCGCUCCUCCGCCGUGUCGCCCGAGCUAGACAUGGGACGCAAGCGCGUGCUCAACCGCCGCGCAGGCCGCCGAGUGCGGUCGCGGACGGCUGCGGCCGCAGCAGCUACGCCGCCCGAACCUCCGUCUGAGGAGCCUUCAGAGCUUCCCGCCGGCCGAGCUCUCUUCCGCGAGUACUACGCGCGCCAGAAGCUGCUCUCGUCGGCGGCCGACUGGCAGGCCUUCGGGCAGUCCAUGCGCUCUCCGCUCCCUAUCACAUUUCGUCGGUGCGGGCUGCCGAGCCGUUCGGCGGCGAGUGAGGCGUGCUGGGCCGAGGGACAGCAGCUGAUCCGCGCCUUCGAGGAGUCGAGUGGGCGGCAAGGGCGCGCCCUGCCUUGGUGCCACGGGUACCAGCUGCCACUCUCCCGGCUCGAGCUGCGAAGCGAGGCGCAAGCGAGCGGCGCGGCCGCCGCUCUGCAGGCGUGGCUACUGCGUGCGUCGGGCUGUGGGCUGGUGAUGCGGCAGGAGGUGGUGAGCAUGGUGCCGGCGCUGCUUCUCGGCGUGCAGGCCUCGCACCGCGUGCUCGACGUCUGCGCCGCGCCAGGCUCGAAGACGACGCAGCUGCUCGAGAUGGUCUCGCACGGCGCGGAGGGCGGCGUCGUCGUCGCGAACGACGCGGAGCCGCUGCGCGCGUACGUGCUGGCGCACCGGCUCCGCUCGCUCGGCGCCGGGCUGAACGCCGUCGUCGUGACGCACCGCGGCCAGACCCUCCCGAGGGCUGGCGAGGAGUACGACCGCGUCUUGUGCGACGUGCCUUGCUCCGGCGAUGGCACGCUGCGCAAGGAGCCGGCGCUGUGGGCCUCGUGGCGGCCAGGCCUCUCGCUGCGCCUCCACUCGCUCCAGCUGCAGAUCGCACUGCGCGCGGCGGCGCUCGUCCGCGCUGGCGGCUCGGGCGUCUCGGAUUGCAUGGGCGACGAGGCGGUGGUUGCGAGCUUACUGCGCGCGGCGCGCGGCGCGCUCGAGCUCGUCGACGCGAGCGGCCAGCUGCCGGAGCUGCCUCGGGCGCCCGGCCUGAGAAACUGGCAGGUCAUCGACGACGCGAUGCGCCGCGUGCCCUCCCUCGCCUCGCUCUCGUCGGAGCCGCUCACCGUCCGCCGCCGCUUCCGCGCCGGCAUGUUCCCGCCGAAAGGAGGAGGCGCGUCGCCCACGCCCCCCUCGUCCUCCCUGCCUCACGGGGCGCCGCCGCUCGAGCGCUGCAUGCGCUUCCUGCCCCACCUCGCCGACACGGGCGCCUUCUUUGUGGCGCUUCUCCGCAAGACAGCUCCGCUGCCCCCGGGGAGGAGAGGGCAGCGGCACGGGCAGGAGGCGCUGCCGCUCUCCAAGACACGCGCGGCGGCGCAGCUCGCAGCAGGCCAUUCGCUCCGGCCGCUGCCGACAGAGGCGCCGGCGGCGGAGGCAAGAGCGGCGGAGGCGACAGGGCACAGCCGCCGCAUCGAUGUCCCUUCAUCGCUCACGCUCCGCGCAUAUGAGGAGCUUGGCGAGACCUCUGAGCUUCGCGCGGGCAGUCUGCAGCAGCUGCGGUCGGAGUUGGCGACGCUGGUGGAGCAGCGGGUGGCGGGCUGGGAGGACUUGCAGAGGGCGCUGGAGCAACCCGAUCUGUGGCUGGUUCGUUUCUUGCGCACCCGCAAGUACGACAGCGCGAGGGCACUCCAUGCGCUGCGAGGCAACCUCUCCCUCUCCCGCUACCUCGAGGGCCUGCCUGCUCGGACGGGCGGCGCAAAGCCCGGGGCAGUUGCGGCGGUCCGUUUCUGGGACCUACAUAUCGAGGAUAGCUCCGUGAGGUACGUCCUGGACAGGAGGCUCCUGGCCACGGUGCCCGGUCGUGCCCGCGACGGGAGCGCAGUCGUGCUCCUCUCGCCCUCGAGCGACUUCCUCGUUGCGUGGGGGAGGCUCGGCGUCGGAGGCUUCACCCUCGCCGUGCUCAAGCUGAUCGAGGCGCUCUCGCUCGAGCCGCGGACGCAGCUCUGCGGCAUCACCGUCGUCGUCGACCUGCGGCGCGCCUCGUCGGCCCUCAUCUCGACCUCUCUGCGGCCAGACAUGCUUCGGCUCACCGAGCGGCUCGCCUCGCUGCUCGGCAGCAAGGCCGCCUUCCGGGUGCGAGGCCUCUGGAUCGUCGGUGCGCCGUGGUACGCGCGCGCCCUCGUCAACCUGGUGCGCACCUUCCUCUCCAGCAAGCUGCGAUCGCGCCUCCACCUCUGCUCCGCCGCAGAGGACUUGCACGCCGCAGUGGAAGAGCGCCUCCUGCCCGCCGGCUUCGGGGCCGGAGGCGGUGCGGACGAGGGCGGAGCCGAGGCCAGCUUUGAAGAGUGCCUGCUUGCGCUGCAGCGGCGAGAGUCCUCGACGCGCACGUCGCUCAGGUCCUCGUCCUCGUCGGAGCCCCUCGUCUGGCAGCGGCCGAGGCACGAGCUUAGUCCGACAUAGUGUGUCCACCCCGUCUCCGACACCGAGCUCAGAGUUCAGAGAAGGAGAAGUGCCGCCACAAUAGGGUACCGCGCGAAAGUUUCCGCUUUGUUUCGUGAUGGCGGAUGCGGAAACAUUUUCCGCGCGUGCGAGGUACGCAAUACUCACGAAAUUGUAAACAAGA